GAACAUCCGAAAAGAUUGGAUUUUUGAAACUUGAACGAUAUGAUGUGAUGAACAACUGACUGAAACCGAAGACAUGGUCAGCCUAAUUCAGAAAAUCUCGAAAACCUGUAAUUUUCUCUGUGAGUCUUUCUACCUCCUAUGCCCAUCGUCCUCUUACAGCUCCAUUUCGUCCAACCCCUGGUAUGCUCCACCAGUUCUCCGCAAAGACAACAAUGACAUUCUCGCAACCAUCUCCGAAGCAAUCCACAAUUCUCAAUCAGAGCCUCUGGAUUCUUCUCUUCGAAGGAUCCUUCCUUCACUCAGAGCCCAUCAUGUGAUCAAUCUCAUUAACUUCAACCCUCGUUCUCUUCCCCCUUCUUCUCUCCUUUCAUUCUUCAAUUGGCUCGCCUCUCGCCCUCCUUUUCGCCACACUAUUCAAUCAUAUUGCACCAUGGCUCACUUCCUCUGCAUUCACCGUAUGCUCCCUGAAGCUCAGUCUCUCAUGCAAUUCUUAGUGUCUUGGAAAGGCAAAGACUCUGCUUCUGCAUUGUUUGAUUCUGUUUUCCAAACUAGAGGUACCCACCAAUCCAAUCUUGUAUUUGAUGUUUUAAUUCAUGCUUAUACGGAUUCUGGAUUUGUUGCGGAUGCCAUUCAAUGUUUUCGGUUGGCUAGGACAAAUAAUGUUCAAGUUCCGCUUCGUUGUUGUGGUGAUCUGCUUGAGAAGAUGAUGAAGUUGAAAUCAACCGAUUCUGCCUGGGCAUUCUAUUUGGAAAUCUUGGAUUCUGGAUAUCCUCCAAAAGCUUAUAACUUCAAUGUUUUGAUGCAUAAGUUUUGUAAGGAAGGUAAUAUUAGAGGUGCCCAAUUGGUAUUUGAUGAAAUGGGGAAGAGACGGGUGCGUCCUACGGUUGUUAGUUUCAACACUUUGAUCAAUGGUUAUUGUAAAUCAGGAAGCCUAAGUGAGGGGUUUAGGUUGAAGAGUGUCAUGGAAAAUGAAAAAAUUUUUCCAGAUGUUUUCACUUUCAGUUCUUUGAUCAACGGGUUGUGUAAAGAGUGUAGGUUAGAUGAGGCAAAUCAUCUGUUUGAUGAAAUGCUCAAGAGAGCUUUGGUUCCAAAUUAUGUUACUUUCACCACUUUAAUUGAUGGGCAAUGCAAAGAUGGGAAAGUUGAUUUAGCCGUGAAAAAUUUUCAGCUAAUGCUAGCUAAGGGCAUCAAACCUGACUUAGUCACAUACAAUGCAAUGAUCAAUGGCCUUUGCAGGGUUGGAGAUUUGAAAGAGGCUAGGAAGCUUCUUGAUGAAAUGAGUGCAAAUGGUUUGAAGCCUGACAAGAUCACUUACACGACGCUAAUAGAUGGAUUUUGUAAGGAUGGAGAUCUUGAGCUGGCCUUGGAUAUCAAGCAAAGAAUGAUUGAAGAAGGGAUUAAACUUGAUGACGUAGCUUUCACUGUGCUUAUUUCCGGACAAUGUAAAGAUGGAAGAGUUCAUGAUGCGGAAACAAUGUUGAGGGAGAUGUUGAAUUCUGGUUUCAAACCUGAUGAUGCCACAUUCACUAUGGUUAUUGAUGGUUUCUGUAAGAAGGGUGACACUAAGAUGGGAUUUAAGCUACUCAGGGAAAUGCAAAGGGAUGGACAUGUUCCAGGAGUUGUGACAUAUAAUGUGCUUAUGAAUGGACUAUGCAAGCAAGGUCAAAUGAAAAAUGCUCAAAUGCUGUUAGAUGCAAUGCUUAAUUUGGGGGUAGUUCCAGAUGAUAUUACAUUUAACAUUUUGCUAGAUGGUCAUUGCAAGCAUGGAAGUUCUAAAGAAAUUGAGUUAUUUAGAAGUGAGAAAGGACUUAUUACAGAUUAUGCUUCUUAUACUGCACUUCUUAGUGAAGCAAGUAAAGUAUCCAAAGAUCGCAUAAAGAGAUGAUUGCUACUACAUGUGUUAUUUUCUGGAAAUCCAUACUUGGUGGAUAACAUGGCUUACAAGUAAACAUCUCCAGAGUUAACUGAAGCAUCUUAAUCAGCUCUUGCAUAUUAGCCGUGCUGAUAAAGGACAUCUUCAAGAUUUAGGUUUAUUGCCCAAAAGAACUUUUCAGAAACCAAGAGAAGUCUCUGUCGUUUUACUAAACCCUUGUCAUCCUUGAAGUUCUCUCUCAACUUAUAACUGUAGAUUGGAACUAUAUGCCUCUUCAUGUUUCUGUAAUGGAUGAUUUUUAAAUGGAGGUUGAGGUCUUUUUUUUAGGCCCAAUUCAACCUUAUCAUGAAA